AUGUCAGGAUUACAACAACCAGAUGAACAUUCGAUGGAUAUACCUCGUGUGGCUGCGAUUGAUUUACCAUUAAAUGUCAAAAAUGUAGAUAAAGCAAUUAAUAUGCUUGGUGGUGAAACAUUUAUACGGUCAUCGAUAAGAGAUAAUCAACCUUUGGAAUUGAGAUUACGUAAGGAUCCAUUUCAUCAUCCUAUUCAAGCACUGCAUUCAAAUCAUGAAAGAAUAUUAUUAAAAGUUAAGAUUCCAAAGAAAAGUCUACCGGAAAAUGCUUCAUCUUUACCAAUACGUGAAUUACUUAAAUUAAAUGAUGAAAAUCCAGAUACUCCUAGUGAGAAAAUUCAACCAGUGGCUAUUAUUGAGAAGACAUUUCUGUUUAAAGCUAUUAGUGAUUUCCAAGUGUCUACAAAGAACAAUGAAUUUGUUCAAAAUUUCAAUAAGGUUGUAUUAAAUUAUAAGAAAUUUGAUGACAUUAAGAAUUAUGUUGAUGAUCAUAAUUCAUUCGAUAAUUAUGUCGGUAUAGAUGAGGAUUAUUUUAAAAAUAAAGACCAUCAAUUAAUUCCACCGCCAAUAUUAUCACCAAUUAGAUUUCCAUUUGAUUAUAAAUAUCAAAAAAAUCCAAGUACUUCAACUGUUAAAGAUGAUAGAGGUGAAUUGAAAGUUGUUUCUAAAAGAGAUCGACAAAAAUUACAUACAUUGUUGAUUCAUUUUAAUUCACCCAUACCAACUGAACCAGUGGAAGCAAUUAAACAAAAAUGGGAAAAAUUAAAGCUGGAACAAUUAGCUGUGAAUAGUAUGGAUUAUUAUUUACUUGAAUGUAUUAAUUGUUUACAAAAAUUAUUUGAUGCCAAACCAAUUUGGAGUCGAAAACAAUUACUGGAUAUUAUUGAUGUUGAUCUUCGAAGAUAUAUUAAAUAUGCAUUACCAUAUGUUUCAUUUAUUUAUAGAAGUGGUCCCUGGAGAUUUUGUAACAUUAAAUACGGGGUUGAUGUUAUUCAUGACUCAAAAUAUUGGUUAUAUCAAACUGAAUAUUUUAGAGUUCUUGGAUUAAAAGAAGCUGCCAUACCAGAGGAUUCGAAGAAGAUAGUACCACCAACGUUGAAGUAUAAUAAGGAGAAAUAUGAAGUUUCUGAACAUUUAUUGUUUAAUGGGGUUAAUUUACCAUCGGUGACAACAUUUCAACUUGGAGAUAUAAUAGAUUAUGACAUAGUUGAUAUUAUUGCCGAUCAUCAGGAUAGUAUGGGAGAUGGGUUUUUCAGAGAAACUUGUGAUUUUCAAGAUGGUUGGGUCAAUAAACAAACCAUGGAAGUCAUUCGAGGUAUAAUGAGAUACAAAUUGAGUAAAUUAGUUAAAGAUGAACUUAUUGAUCAAAAUAAAAUUCAAAAAAUAAUGUUUACUGAUUUUACAGCUGAUAAAGAUGAUGAUUAUGAGGAUGAUAAUAAUGAUGACGAUAAGAACGAUCAUAAUAGAGAAAAUGAAGACGAGGAAGAGGAUGAGGAAGAAGAUGACGAUGAUCAAGAAGAAGACAUUCCACAAAUGGAAAUUGAACUUGAAACCGAAACUAAAUCAGGAGACAUUAAUGAGAAUGAGAUUAUUGAUAAAUUGGGAGCAUUAGGUACUGAUACUUCUAAUAGAUUAAGCAAACUUGUAGGAUUUAUCAAACAGGAUAGUAUAGAUAAUCAUGAUUCUUGA